AUGUCGCCUACAGCAGCUCCACCAACACCACAAGAAAUCAUCAGAAAACUAUCAGUACAUUCAGUUUCGCGGGAGAGAGUAAAGACUGCAUCAUUUUCAGGAGGACCCGUUUCUGGUACAGAAUCAGACUCUGAUUCCAUCCUGACGCCGGACGUAUCGACGCCAAUGGGGCACCCGCAGAGCAUGCACGUUGGUCCCUCAUCGACGUCACACCCGCCCCUCUCAUCCAUCGCUGAGCGGCGGUCGGACAGUGGAGAAGACUCAGAGGACGAAGAUGCCGCAGAAGGCCCGGGAGGAUGGAAGACAGCGGACGUGCGUACCAAGCCACGUAACUCUGCGGACGAGAGUGUCAUCAAGGCGGGUUAUCUGUGGAAGAAGGGCGAGCGCAGAAAGACGUGGAAGAAACGGUGGUUUGUGCUGCGCCCUGCGCACAUUGCUUAUUACAAGAGCUCGGCGGAGUACCAGCUUCUGCGGCUUCUAGAGCUCUCAGAUGUACAUUCGUGCACACAGGUCAACCUUAAGCGACACGAAAAUACUUUCGGGCUGAUCUCGCCGACACGGACGUAUUAUCUGCAAGCUUCGACGCCGCAAGAUAUGCAGAGCUGGGUGAAAGCCAUCGAGGACGCCAGGGAGACGCUGCUGGCGACAUCAACACGAACAUCCGCGGCGACACCCAUCCCCAUCCCCCGUCCGACCGCAGAAAUGCGGUCAUCAUCGCGGGGCGCGAUUCCGCUUUCGUCCUCCCCUAAUAAUAUCAUUACAUCGUCUGACUCGGAGGAUAACGCUGGCACGUCAAUAAUGCAGGGUUACUCGGCGGCAUCGCCCACACAGGCUGCGUUUUCCCUACCACCGAGUAAGGCGUCUGUCCCGAAUAAAGAUCCAGGGAAAACCGUUCUUUCAGGGUAUUUGAUGAAAUGUGGAUCCAAACGCCGUAAUUGGAGGAAACGGUGGUUUGUUUUGACGGGUGAAAAGCUUAUGUAUUCCGGAAGCCAUAUGGACACAAAACCACACAACCAAUUCCCGUUCAGCAGCAUCCUCGAUGCCCUGGAAUAUGAUCUCCACAGGCAACACCCAACAAAUCCAUCCGUAACCUCGCCACCGCAUGGGAUGAACCAUGCUGAGGGUAACGACGAGGUUAACAGUACGCACACGUUUAAAAUCGUCACCACGAAACGGACAUUGCUGUUGUGUGCGCCGAGCGAAGAUGAUGAAAUCAAGUGGCUGGGCGCCAUCCGUGCGUUGAUUGCCCGGCGCAUGGAAUCCGGUCAAAUUCCUGGCAAGACGUCAUCCAAGUCACCUCCGGUCGCUGGUCACCAACACCACGACGGAAGCGCUGGUGCAGGCGCUAAUGCAGGUGUUCCCGCUACUGCUCCCGCUGCGAGCGGGGGCUCAGUUGCUGCUAGCGCCGGAUCGGGGAUCAAGGCAAAAGUGCGCCGGUUAUCAGCAGCGGGUUCGAUCAGCCUGGGGCAUCAUGGUGAUCAUGCUCCUCAUCAUGAGAUGCGAGAGGCCAAGGCAUCUUCAUGA